AUGGACAGAAAGAACCAGACAACAGCCACAGAAUUCCUCCUCCUAGGACUUGCUGGGCAAUCAAAGUAAGAAGAGGUUGUUUUGGGGUUGUUCUUGGGGAUGUACAUGGUCACCAUCUCUGGGAACCUUCUCAUCAUCCUGGCCAUCUGCUGUGACCCUCAUCUCCACACACCCAUGUACUUCUUCUUAGCCAAUCUCUCCAGUGUCGACAUCUGCUUUUCUUCAGUCACCAUCCCCAAAGCGCUGGUGAAUCAUGUGUUGGGAAGCAAGUCCAUCUCUUACACGGAGUGUAUGACCCAGAUCUAUUUCUUUAUCACAUUCAUCAACAUGGAUGGCUUCCUCCUGAGUGUGAUGGCCUAUGACCGCUAUGUAGCCAUUUGUCACCCACUCCACUACACCCUGAUGAUGAGGCCCAGACUCUGUGUCCUUCUGGUGGUCCUAUCGUGGGUCAUCACGAACCUUCAUGCUCUCUUGCACACUCUCCUCAUGGUUCGACUCACCUUCUGCUCCCACAAUGCAGUGCGCCACUUCUUCUGUGACCCCUACCCUAUCCUGAAGCUCUCUUGUUCUGACACCUUCAUCAAUGACCUGAUGGUUUUCACCGUGGGUGGAAUGAUAUUCCUGACACCAUUUUCAUGCAUUGUUGUUUCCUAUGUUUACAUUUUCUCUAACGUCCUGAAGAUGCCCUCUACCCGUGGGAUAAAGAAAGCCCUGUCCACAUGUGGGUCUCACCUCACUGUAGUCUCUCUCUUCUAUGGGGCAAUCCUGGGGGUCUAUAUGCGUCCUUCGUCCUCCUACUCACUACAGGACACGGUAGCCACUGUCAUCUUCACAGUGGUGACACCACUGGUCAAUCCCUUCAUCUACAGCCUGAGAAACCGUGACAUGAAAGGAGCCCUAAGAAAGAUAAUUCUCAGAUGUUAGAAUAUGAAAAUUUUAGAGCUGAAAGGACUCCAGGACACCAUGCAUCUGUUCAUCUUUUCAGAGAAAGCAAUGCGUAGAGUGGUAUAGAAUUAAUGCAUGACUUUUCC